CAGCUUGGAAUGCAAAACGGAAAACUUCCAAAUUCCGCAUUGUCAGCUUCUUCGCAGUACAAUGCGUAUGCUGGACCUGAAAAUGCCCGGCUUCACUUCUGUGCGGAGAGUCGCCGCUACGGGGCCUGGAUAGCACAGAGAAAUGACCACAAUCAAUAUUACCAGGUUGACUUUGGAGUCGAGACACAAGUCACACGUAUCGAAACCCAAGGUCGCCAAGAUAAGUUACAAUAUGUAAAGGAAUACACGCUUAGAUACAGCACUGAUGGAUCUUACUUUAAACAGUACCAACCAUCUGGAUUUACCAAGACAUUUAAGGCAAACAGUGACCGAUACACAGUGGUAGGCCAUGACUUAGAAAAGCCAAUUAGGGCAAGGUAUUUGAGAAUUGUCCCAGAAGACUGGUACAGGUACAUUGCGUUUAGGGCUGAGUUUUACGGAUGCAAGACAAAUGACGGUGGUUAUUCAGCGUGGGGAGGUUGGUCUCAGUGUUCUGUAACUUGUGGAAAUGGGCGUCAGAGCCGCAGUCGUUCCUGCACUAAUCCUGCCCCAAGCCCCGGUGGAAAAGACUGCUCACAACUUGGACCUGACAAGGAGAACAAAACUUGCAAUGAUGGAGGCUGCCCAGGUAACAAUUAUAACAAUGAUGAGAAGAAUAAUAAAAUAAACAGGACUGACAGUUUCUUUGUCUGCAAUCAAGAAUCCCUGAUUUGUUCCAUUCUAAGUGUUCAAAAACGUGUGGAGGAGGAAAGCAAACUCGUGAGCGAACCUGCACUAAUCCACCUCCAGCAAAUGGUGGAAAAGACUGCACUAGCCUUGGAUCGAGCAUUUCAAGCAGAGAAUGCGGAAACCAAGAGUGCCCUAGUAAAUAACCCGAAACCACAGCAUGGCGGAAAAGGUUGCUCAACUAUCGGACCCUCAAAUCAGACAGAGAAAUGCAGUACCAGUGAAUGUCCCAGGGAUGGUGGUUAUUCUGCAUGGGGACCAUACAGCAAGUGUUCAAAGUCAUGUGGAGGUGGAAAGCAAAGUCGCGAGCGAACUUGCACCAAUCCACCACCAAGUGGCGGAGGAAAGGAUUGUAAGGAGCUGGGACCAAAUACCUCGAGCAGAGAAUGCAAUAAUAAGAAGUGUGCAGUUGAUGGAGGUUACACUGAUUGGGAGAAGUGGACAGACUGUUCCGUCACAUGUGNAAAUUGUGGAAUGGAAAUUCGCGAGCGAACUUGCACCAAUCCACCACCAAGUGGCGGAGGAAAGGAUUGUAAGGAGCUGGGACCAAAUACCUCGAGCAGAGAAUGCAAUAAUCAGAAGUGUGCAGUUGACGGAGGUUACACCAAUUGGGAGAAGUGGACAGACUGUUCCGUCACAUGUGGAGGAGGACAAAAAGCGCGUCAUCGGCAAUGCGCCAAUCCUGUACCGCAACAUGGCGGGAAAGAUUGUUCAGAUCUCGGACCACCGACUGAGACAAAAGACUGCAAUGAAAACGGUUGUCCAGCUGUACACAUGACUAUUCAGCUUGGAAUGCAAAACGGAAAACUUCCAAAUUCCGCAUUGUCAGCUUCUUCGCAGUACAAUGCGUAUGCUGGACCUGAAAAUGCCCGGCUUCACUUCUGUGCGGAGAGUCGCCGCUACGGGGCCUGGAUAGCACAGAGAAAUGACCACAAUCAAUAUUACCAGGUUGACUUUGGAGUCGAGACACAAGUCACACGUAUCGAAACCCAAGGUCGCCAAGAUAAGUUACAAUAUGUAAAGGAAUACACGCUUAGAUACAGCACUGAUGGAUCUUACUUUAAACAGUACCAACCAUCUGGAUUUACCAAGACAUUUAAGGCAAACAGUGACCGAUACACAGUGGUAGGCCAUGACUUAGAAAAGCCAAUUAGGGCAAGGUAUUUGAGAAUUGUCCCAGAAGACUGGUACAGGUACAUUGCGUUUAGGGCUGAGUUUUACGGAUGCAAGACAAAUGACGGUGGUUAUUCAGCGUGGGGAGGUUGGUCUCAGUGUUCUGUAACUUGUGGAAAUGGGCGUCAGAGCCGCAGUCGUUCCUGCACUAAUCCUGCCCCAAGCCCCGGUGGAAAAGACUGCUCACAACUUGGACCUGACAAGGAGAACAAAACUUGCAAUGAUGGAGGCUGCCCAGUCGAUGGCGGUUACUCUGCAUGGGGACCUUAUGGCAAGUGUUCAAAAACGUGUGGAGGAGGAAAGCAAACUCGUGAGCGAACCUGCACUAAUCCACCUCCAGCAAAUGGUGGAAAAGACUGCACUAGCCUUGGAUCGAGCAUUUCAAGCAGAGAAUGCGGAAACCAAGAGUGCCCUAUUGAUGGUGGAUAUAGCAACUGGAAUAAAUGGAGCGAGUGCUCAGUUUCUUGCGGUGGAGGACAGCGGGCUCGCAGCAGGACAUGCGAUAGCCCGAAACCACAGCAUGGCGGAAAAGGUUGCUCAACUAUCGGACCCUCAAUUCAGACAGAGAAAUGCAGUACCAGUGAAUGUCCCAGGGAUGGUGGUUAUUCUGCAUGGGGACCAUACAGCAAGUGUUCAAAGUCAUGUGGAGGUGGAAAGCAAAGUCGCGAGCGAACUUGCACCAAUCCACCACCAAGUGGCGGAGGAAAGGAUUGUAAGGAGCUGGGACCAAAUACCUCGAGCAGAGAAUGCAAUAAUAAGAAGUGUGCAGUUGAUGGAGGUUACACUGAUUGGGAGAAGUGGACAGACUGUUCCGUCACAUGUGGAGGAGGACGAAAAGCGCGUCAUCGGCAAUGCACCAAUCCUGUACCGCAACAUGGCGGGAAAGAUUGUUCAGAUCUCGGACUACCGACUGAGACAAAAAGCUGCAAUGAAAACGGUUGUCCAGUGCAUGGAGGUUACGGCAAGUGGGGAUCUUGGGGCGACUGUUCUAUUACAUGUGGAAAGACGAAGGGCAAGAGGACACGCGAUAGAUUGUGCAAUAACCCAGCGCCUCAGAAUGGCGGUAAAACCUGUUCAGAACUCGGACCAGACAGCCAGACAAUGACGUGUACACCACCGAUGAAGAAAUGUCCAGUGGACGGCCAGUGGGGAAAAUGGGGUGAAUGGAGCAACUGCCCGGUCAGUUGUGGAGGAGGGGAACAAAUAAGGGUACGAAGCUGCAACAAUCCUAAACCCAGUGGUGGUGGCAAAGAUUGUGAUGGAGAAGAAGAGGCGAAGAGAAAAUGCGCGACUUUCGAGUGUGGACUUGAUUGGAAAGCAGAGGGUUGCUACAAAAACAGUGUCCGUGCUCUAAGCGAGAUCCUGAAAGUGAACGCCAGGACGAUAAGUAGUCGGUUUGCUGCAUGCAUGUCAGAAGCUGACGAGAAAGGUAUCACGUUGUUCGGUAUGGAUGACAAGAGAUGCUGGAUUGUUGAAGACGCAGACAGCUCAUACGACAAAUAUGGAACUUCAGGAUUGUGCAGAAAAACGAAGAAAGGCAUAAACUACGGCCUAUCAGAGCACGAUACGAUGCGUGUCUAUAUGAAAGACGUUGAAGGUAUAUGGCAAGAUAAGGGCUGCUACGUAAACAAAGCAGCAUCGCUAGCUCUACCCGACCCCUUCGAUACCAGCGUUGAUACGUUACAAGGGAACGAAAACAUUUUUGAGCACUGCAGUGAAAAAGCUAAGUCCUUCGGCUACACUGUAUUUGGCGUUGACGACAAGAAAUGCUGGGCAGGCGAUGACGCCGAAAACACGUAUAACAAGUACGGCAAGUCCUCAAAAUGCACUGUCGGCAAGACUGGUUAUGGUUCCGGCAAGGGGAUCAACGGAGACAUGUUUGUUUACCGUUAUAAAUGAAUGACCGAGAUGAUGGAUCACUGAGAUGCCUGAAUGGAACCCAAACGGUCUAAAUAGCGGGAUUUUAUUUGGGAGAGAAAUAUAUUAGCUGGGUAUAUGGACGGGGAAAUAUUUUAGAGUCAGCCAGUCAGUAUUGUUUGAUGGGUAAAUAAACGAGCAUUUAAAAUCA